AUGUACACCACGCUCGUGUCAUACACAAUAUUAGCUGUCACAGUUAGUAGUGGCACCUUAAACUUAGACCAAGGAUACAGAAACACCACAGAAUUCGCAGCCGAACAUGGUAUCACAGCCAAGGAGUACAAGGUCGUCACCAAAGACGGUUACAUCUUGGGCAUCUUCAACCUGCCCGGAACCAGGGGUCUGCCAAUUCUACUGAUGCAUGGACUCACGGAUUCCAGCGACACUUGGCUCAUCAGAGGGAAUAUUUCCCUGGGUAUCACCCUCGCCAAUUUGGGGUAUGACGUCUGGUUGGGUAACCUUCGUGGGAAUAAGUACUCUCGCGAACACACCCGCUUAGACCCCGAAAGGGACGCUGCAGUCUACUGGGACUUCAGUUUCCACGAGAACGGGUAUUAUGAUCUACCAGCCACCAUUGACCUGGUCCUGGAGAAGACUGGAGCUUCGCAAAUCAACGCUAUAGGACACUCGCAAGGUACAACCAUAUUUUUCGUACUGGCUUCACUUCGACCAGAGUACAACGAAAAAGUCAAUUUACUGGUGGCGAUGGCACCAGUGGCUUUCCUACAAUACGUGACCCCACCACUCUCCACCAUCAUUAAAGUGUCACCAGAAUUGAUAAACUUUGGCAAACGCUUGAAGCAGUAUGAGAUCUUCGGCGAGUCCAUAACAGGAAAAGCCUAUAGAGAAGUCUGUUUGAAGCCAACUAUUGGAUACUUACUGUGUGCGUACGGAUAUAUAUUUCCAGUAGCUGGUUACGAUGUGAAAGAAUAUGGUUAUAAAUUCCACUACAUGCUCACGCGACAGUUUCCGAUGAGCACCUCGUUAAAGAACUUGGAACACUUUGCCCAAGUCAGCAGGCGGAGGAGUUUUUCAGCUUUCGACUAUGGAAGAAUUGGGAACCUCAAGGUUUACGGGACUCCGUCUCCCCUGAACUACGAUUUGAAGAAAACCACAAUGCCAGUGGCUAUACUGUGUGGAGAGAGUGAUAAACUGGCAACAUUUAAGGAUGUUCUCUUGCUGAAGGAUGCGCUACCGAAUAUCGUACAAUUUUCAGUGGUUGACCACAAUCAUAUGAACCACGUAGACUUCACAUGGGGGAAGACCAUGGACAAAUAUCUGUAUCCCUAUAUAUUUGGCAUCCUGGAUAGAUUUGGAAAUUAA